AUGGUGAAGCCGCAGGCCAGAGCGCUGCUAUCAUGGCUCCAGCUGGACUGGCACACGGUGAAGCUGACGGUCAAGACGUCGAUCCCGCCCGCCGUCCUUGUCUGCGCCAUCCAGUCCGACACAUGGAUCGCCUACUUUGGCACGAAUGCCUACCUCGCGCCCAUUGCCGCCGCCAGUGUCAUGGCCGGCUUUCCGCAGGGUAUGCUUCUCGAUUUUAACGCCAAGCAGACUCUUGGCUACGCCGUCGCCUACUGCUGGGCGCUGCUGGCCGGCUGGUGCGGCCUGCAGGCGCGCAAGCACACGACGGGGCCAUCGGGGGACCUGGCUGCGUAUAAUUCCUCGGCUGAGGCUGUCGUGGCCGUGCUGCUGACAUUUGGGAUGUGGGUAACCUUUACCGUCAAGUCGGCGUUUCCUUCGUGGAACAUCCAGGCGUCCGUGGCCGCUAUCCUGGCUAUUGCCAUGAUCCCGGCCAUUGCGCGACUGUCGACGAUGGAGAGCAUAACCAAGGCCGCCACAAACGCCUUUGUCGUCUUCUUAGCGGGACAAGCCAUCGGGCUCGCCAACGCCCUGCUGAUUUUCCCGCAGACGUGCAGGGGCCUGUUCAAUAGAGCUACCAUGGCGUGCCUCGACGCCGUGUCUGCCAUUAUGAGUGCACACGAGAUGUGUAUCCGCGACGUCGUAUCAGGGACUUUAUUCUCUUCUUCUUCCGGUACCACGGAUACCAAGUCUGUCGAAGAGCUUGAGGCUGCUUUGCAGCAGCUGGGCAAUGAGGUCGCCAGGGCCAACGGUUACGUGGACCAUGCGGCCCGAGAGAUGUCGUGGGGCGCGUAUACGCAGUCGGAGCUUGACACGGUGUGCACACUGUUGGUACAGCUCGUACCACCGGUUUCGGGACUGAGCUUGGUGGCGGACAUGAUGCAGCGGGAAACAGACCCGUCCAGCAUUAUUGGCCACCAGGAACAAGUUGAUGGCAAGCUCGAAGCGACGGAGGACCAGAAGAAACAGCGGCAGAAUGAUUGGCACAAGACAGAGUCGGACAUGCAAGAACAACUACGGCAGAUGUCGGACAUGAUCUCCUCGGGCGCGCAGCAUGCCAAGUUGCGACUUCGACACAGCCAGAAACGGAAUCGAGCGGGUGUCCGGAGUGAGGUGACUGACCAAGAGAGCCAAGGAGCAGUUAACCCUGGCGGAUCACGGUUUAUAGAGUACUACCGUGAAAUGUUCAAGGAAGGUGGAGAUCAAAGCUUAAGUCGUCUGCAAGUGCUCCGUCGCUACGUACAGCAUCGUCCACAGGUCGGAACAAUCGGGAACACGUCUUCCGCCAAACACGCAGACACAUUGCGGUAUUUCGCUCUCCUUCACUCUCAAACUAUCCUUGUCGCGCUGGGCCGCAAGCUCCUCCGCCUCCUCAUCUACCUGGACGACCGCCACGCCCGGCCCAAGCAGCUCAUCGCCCCCAACUUUCUCUUCCCGCGCUACUGGACCAGCCUCUGGCACUCGAAACUCUUCUCCCGCGAUAUUCGCAAACGAGACGGCGGUCCCAGAGUGGAACUAGACCCCGUAUUCCACAAGCCGCGCAACCCAGACCACCUGCCGGCCGCCAACACCGUGGAAGCCGUGGGCGACUGCAUCCGCAAGAUCAGCGUGGUGCUUCGGACCGAGCAUGCGGCGUACGGACUGCGCGGGGCCUGCGCCGUCAUGACGAUUGCCAUUGUCGGAUUCCUCCACGACUCGCAAGACUUUUAUUUUGCCCAGCGCCUUUUGUGGGCGCUCUUUGCUAUUUUGCUUUCCAUGGGCCGGACGUCGGGGUCGUCGACGUUCCUCCUCAUCGGCCGAUUGCUGGGAACGACGGCGUCCAUGGUGGCGAGCUACGUCAUCUGGUACAUUGUUGACCAGCGUACACCAGGUGUCUUGGUCUUUACGUGGCUGUGGUUCAUGGUCAUUAGCUUUCUUACGGUGCGAUUUCCUGCCCUUUUCAGCAUCUGGUUCGUGGCUCUCAUUGCUGCCAUUGUCAUGAUUGGCAUUGAGCUCCAAACUGCACAAAUCGGCGAAGAAGUCGUAGAGAAGUCUGGCCAGGCUGUCUAUCCGCCGUACAUCAUUUUCCCCUACCGCUUAGCCGUCGUUUCCCUCGGGGUUAUUACCGGCUAUAUCUGGACAGUCUUUCCCUACCCCGUGUCGGAGCACUCUGAGCUGCGAGAGAGUACCGCCCAAGUGCUAUACGAGCUGUCACGCUAUUACAUGUGCAUUCAACAGACUGUAUUUGCACGCCUCCAUCGCGAUAUCGGCGACGCUGAUGACGCGUCGAGCCCUAGCUCCCGGCUCCAGACUGCCCUUCGUCGACUCUUUCUCAAGUAUCGAGGCUUGAGCGCCGACGCCAAGAGGUCAUUCCAAUUUCUCAACUGGGAGUUUUCUCUCGGUGGUCAAUUCCCCAAGAAAGCAUACGGCGAAAUACUCAGCAUCCUCGAUCGGUCGGGCAGCUACAUGGCGCUCACGAGCUACCUGUCCAAAGAAUCCAAGUCUCCAGAUGUGAUUGCAGCUUGCUGGGCCGAAAGCGGAACGGGGAUACCGCACAUCGAUCUCACUCCUCACGGGAUCGCGUCGAGGAUCAUCAUAUUGCACUCUGCGCUGGGAGGGGGCCACCCAUUACCACCCGGCUUGCACCGCCUGGGGAUGGGGCAUUUGCCUCAGAAUUCACGGGACUUGACCUCGAAAGACUACGAGUUUGCGAUUGCUGCGUUGAUUCACAACGUUCAUUGGUAUUUCAUCCACGACGUGAAUCGCCUGACUGAGCUGGUACGGGAGGUGGUUGGUGAACUGCGAUUCUCCUUUAUCGAUGAGCUGGAGAGUUCCACUACAAAUUCGAAUAUCGAGCUUACAACACCGGCGUCUGCCUCUGAGGCUACACACCUAGACACUCUGGACACGGCGACGGUUCAGGAGUGA